AGGAGAUUCGCGCUCACGCUGGACGGGGAUUCUGAUGCGCACAGUGUGCUGCGAGAAGUCGGAGUACAAGGGAGAGGACGCCGGAUUUUGACGAAAGGUGUUUCGCUUCCGGUGGUUAAUGAGUGUGGGUGCGCGUCGUCGCGUCGCGUUCCGCUUGUGACCGGGAAUCUGAGUCGGCUAUGUGGAUGUCGGUCCGGGGGAGAUAAGAGCCCAGUGGCUGCAAACGUGCCUCAGACAUCCCUUCUCAGUAUUUUUAUUAGUAAUUUAUUGGUCGGAAGUACAGCACAUACAUACUUAGUCGGGUAUGUAUUUACGGUCUGUCAGCAAGGCAAAGUCCACGCCAUCAUCAUCAGGGCCCGUACUGGCUAACUCCUGAUACCUCGCUUAUCUGCAUCUUCCUUACUACCACCACCACCGCCAGCACCGAGGGUCCCACCAGUCCUCAUCUUCACGACCGGCUCGAACCGACUCGCCUUCUAACGACCAUUGCAUGCCCUCCAUUCUAAACCUCAAAUUCAAGGGAAACAAAUCCUUCGUUGCCUUUAGCAACCUCAAUGACGCCGAAAGUCUUACCAAGACCUGGAAGGUCUGCACUAAGGUCGCCAGCUACCUCGAGCAAGGCCAACGACUAGAGAACCUGGCAUGGCGCCUCUGGCACCUCCAAAACCUCAUGGUCGAUACCGACAACGCCAAGUCGAAACGCGAGUUCCGGAAGCUGUCCAAAGUUAUGGGGGACAAGCUUGAUCGGGAGAAGGGACGGGCGAUCGAGUCCCUCCCCACGCCCGACCUGAACAAGCACUCGCUUUCCUCUGACCUGCUCCGCCAGCGCGCUGAGGAGAAAGAGAGGUCCCGCGAAGCGGCGCAGCUGCAGACCGGUGGCGGACUGCAUCGCAUGCAGUUCACGUUUGCCGUCGAGGUCCCCGCUGAUGAAUCAUCUUCUCCGUCCGCACAAACCGGGAACCAAGCAGGGCAGAUCGGGAGUUUCGACGCCAAGGUUUCUCCAGGAGCAGAGCAGUCACCGAACCUCAACCUCAACAAGCGCAAGCGCUCUGCGGCGCCGGAGCCGGUCGCGCCUGGCACCGUGCGGCUGCCGACCGUCUUCUCGACAUCGUUCGGCCCCUCUGCCCUGCUCGCGGCGCCCGCGAAUCAGCUGUCGUCUGCGCCGAGAAAGAACUACGGAGACACGAUCUCGAGCGGGGGAAACGGGGACCUCAAGAUCGCGCGCCCGACGGUCGAGCUGCAGCUGGAUGAACUGUUGCAUGCGGACAGCGAGGACAUGGAGAUGGACCAUCUCGACAGCCAGGACGAGAGCACGCACGGCAGGCAGGAAUGGGCCGGCUGGGACGAGAUCAUGCAGAACACCGGCGCAUUCGAAUUCGGGACCAAGUCGUUCUCGAGCACACCGGCCAUCCACCCAUCCUCCACACCGACACCGCCCUUCCCCACGUUCGACUUCAUGUCCAUGGGACCGAUGGUCGGCCCGAAUGACCCGGGCUACCACGCACAGGCGUUUUUGGGCUACGGGAUCGGCCCGGGGCCCGGGUUACUGAGCCUGGAUACACACACUGCGGACUCGAGCCCGCACACGCUCGACCCCGGCGCGAUGUUCAGCAGCAGCAGCCACAGCAACGUGGUGACGCCGACCGGCUCUGGACCCAAUUUUAACGGCGGCGGCGAGGACGACGGGCACGACGAGACGCAGCGGAUGCCUGUCCGCCACGAAGCCAAGUUCAUCAAUCACGGACCCGAGGAUCAUGGACACGGUCACGGGCAUGGGCGCGCAACACCCAAGAUCGGGCAGUCGGUCUUCUCUAUUUCCGGUGGCAAGAAGGGCGCCCGGGUCCAGGUGGAUUCGGACGCAGAAGAUGAUGCUCGCUUGGACGACGACUCGGAGGAUGACGGGAACGGGGGCGACGAUUCUGCCGACGAGGACUUCCAAUUCAGGAAUGCGAUGGCCGCAUCUUCAGCGUCCGCUGGUCGCGGCAGGAAGGCUCCUGCGACUGGACGUGGAGGGAAGAAAGUGACGGUUGCGAGGAAGAAGUCUUCUGUCGCCCUGCGCGUGGAUACCAGCGCGAACGUCAGCGCGAGUGCCAGUGUGGGCCGACGCCCGGUGCUCAGCGUCCGUGUUCCCGGGGGCCGAGGCACCAGUGCAUCUGUCAGUACCGAAGCGCCUUCUUCCUCCUUUGCUCUUCCCUCGGCUUCCGGAGCCGGAAGUGGAGGAGCUUUGCCCGGAGAGAAGGCCGAGUGCAGCAAUUGCGGUGCGACCCGAACGCCUUUGUGGAGGAGGGGAUUGAACGAUGAAUUGAACUGCAACGCUUGCGGUUUGUAUUGCAAACUGCACAAGCGACCCCGACCCAAGACGAUGCGUAGUGCAGGCACAAGCGAAGGCCGCGGUCAAUCGGCCCGUUCAGAGGUCGUCGAUGUUGUUGCACAAUGCUAUAACUGCCAUACCACAGCGACCCCGCUCUGGCGCAAGGACGACGAAGGCAAGACUGUAUGCAAUGCUUGCGGGCUCUAUUACAAGCUGCACGGAUCGGCGCGCCCCAUUUCGAUGAAGAACGACGUGAUUCGGAAGCGCUCUAGGCAUGAUGCCAGGAGGGGAAGCAUGUCAAAUGGGCUGGCAGGAGAGGGAAGUCGAAUCACACCCCCUGGCGAGACCAGCAACUCGAGUGGGAGAGCUUCCCCAACCUUGGCACCGGACAGCUCGACCACACCGGGAACGACGAAAUACGAAUCUGUCUCUCCGGAACUGCCGCGGCGGGCGACGUAUCGCGGGGCGCUUCCUUUCCAAUAUCAUCAUGACGCAUUCGCCGAUGCGCUUCCUUUCGCCAGUGUCGACGUUUCUGCUGAUCUUACUCUCGCCCGGGCUAACAAGAGACGGCGGAUGAGUAUCGAUUCGGCUUCAGAGCCACCUUCGUCCGCGUUCUCGGGCAACUCGUUUGGCGGAGAUGGAUAUACCAGUGCUUCGAGCCAGUUCUCGAUGGAGUUCCCGUUCGCCCAAUACCCGAAUGUCUAUUCGGAGUCGUCCGCAUCCAAUAACAACAACAACGGCGGACCGUUCUGGCACCCGCCCAUGGUUCUCAGCCACCAGGAUUCGAUCGGGGGUGCCGGGUCGCCGAGGCUGCAUGCAACGCGGGAUACGCACCAUCUCCACCCGCCGAUGCUGCUCCCGACUCCCGAGUUGGAGGAGGAUACGAUGGACUGGCUGCACCCCCCGAUGCUUCCGCCGUCCUUCUCGGACUCUGAUCACCACUUUUUCGGGGGCCUGCACCCGCCGAUGAUGUACGACGGGGGAGACACGAUGCAUUUCUAGAGGGAGUGCGACCCAUCUCACUAUCUAUUCAUCACUUACGAUCGCGAUGCUCUCAACACAUCACGCACUCACUUGUCACACUGUUCAUUGAAUGUACACACAGGCAUAUUUUGCAUAUAUUCAGGCGCACGCAAGUAAGUACUGUACUGUACGAUACUGUACUUGUACUUCACAUACCAUCGCGAAGAGCCUGCGCGUUUCGGGCUCAUCAAUCAAAUAAAUCUAAUCUCGGACUUCACUUGUA